GAGUCCUCCAAGCCGCCAGGGGGCGCUGUGCUGCGUCGCGGCGUUAUGACGUAGCGCUCGGCUCCUCCGGUACCGGGCGCCCCCCCAAGAUGGCCGCCUUGGGGCUGCGGAGCCGCGGGGCGCUCUUCGUGCCUCGCGGCGCCUGGCGCGGCCUGAAGGCGGGGGCGGACGGGGAGGAGCGAGUGAGCAGAGUCCUGAGGGAGAAGUUCCCCCGCGCCUCCGCCAUCAGAGUGGUGGAUAUCUCCGGCGGCUGCGGGGCCAUGUAUGAGAUCCACAUCGAGUCGGAGGAGUUCCGGGAGAAGCGGACAGUGCAGCAGCACCAGAUGGUGAACCAGGCGCUGAGCGAGGAGAUUAAAAGCAUGCACGGGCUGCGCAUCUUCACCUCCGUGCCCAAGACUUGAUGGAGCUGCAGGAAGGGGGAGGGAGGGGGGGAUGCAAACAGUGACCUGGCCAAUAAACGUGUAGCUGAA